UUCUUCCAUUGAUUAGGGUUUUCUGGUUCUUUCAUUAUUUUAAGACUUAGAAGGGUUUGUCCUUGAUGAAUUUUGAUGAUCAUGAAGGAUUCUAGGGAUAAUCUUCAUCUUAAUUAUCAUGAUCAAUAUAAAUCUUCUUGUCCAAGAGGCCAUUGGAGGCCUGCUGAAGAUGAAAAGCUUCGUCAAUUGGUUGAACAAUAUGGUGCUCAAAAUUGGAAUUCCAUAGCUGAAAAACUUCAAGGCAGAUCAGGAAAGAGUUGUAGAUUGAGAUGGUUUAAUCAACUUGAUCCAAGAAUCAUUAGAAAGCCAUUUAGUGAAGAAGAAGAGGAAAGGCUAUUGGGAGCUCAUAGAAUACAUGGAAAUAAAUGGUCACUUAUUGCAAGAUUAUUUCCUGGUAGAACUGAUAAUGCUGUGAAGAAUCAUUGGCAUGUUAUAAUGGCAAGAAAGCAAAGAGAACAAUCAAAACUUUGUGCCAACAAAAGAACUUAUCAACAAUUUUCAGCUACUUCUUCUUCUUCUAAUUUUCUCAACCAAACAACCUCAACAAAUCAUCCUCAAUUUAGUACUACAACCAUUCUUGUUUCUGACGACGACAACAACAACUCCCACAAAGAUGGAAUGAUUUGGAAUUUCAGACAAAGCUUCAAAGGUUAUUCAGACAAUAAUAUUCUCUAUAGAUCUCAUUUUAAUGAUAAGAAUAAUUAUUACUAUUGUCCUAAUUCAUCAUCAUCAUCAGCUAGAUUUCGCUUCCCAAAUAAUAAAAUUCCUUUUGGGGUUUUUGAAUUUGGUAGCAAGAUUUGCCCCUCAACUACAACACUUAUGAAGAAGUUCAUGGCUAACAAUGAUAAUAAUCAUGAUUAUCAUCUUCAUGCUCAAGAUCAAUCACAAGUACAAGAAGAGGAAUCUCUUAAGGACAAGGAUAUUCCCUUCAUAGAUUUCCUUGGAGUUGGAAUUUCUUCUUGAUAUCAUCUAAUUAAUUACUUCUUGUUACUUUUAUUCAUAUAUACACAUACCAUAUAUGAUCCUCUUAUGUGAAAAUUAAAGGUAGGUUUUUUUUUUUUUUUUUUUUUAGUUUUAUAUAUAUAAACCCUUUUCCCCAUCCUAUGAGAUGGUAUU